AUGGCAAAUCUGACAGCUACGGUGGCGCGGGUUGUGGUGGAUGUUGACCGUCACGGGAAGAAUAUAAAAGAUGUUCAGUCUGAAAUUGUGAAGCUGAAGGAGGAGAACCGGCUUCUUAAAACAGCGGUGGAAGAGUGCAAGCGGUACAGUUGGAGAUGGUCGCUAAAACUACAUGGCCUCAAAGAAAAUGUGAAUGAAGAUGUGAGGAAAGAAGUCAUCAUCGUCCUAGGGAAAGUCGCUCCCGGUUUGCAGGUUUACCUGGAGGAUGGUGUGGAUAUCGCUCAUCGUCUUGGCCCAAAGAGAACGGAUGGAUCCAACAGACCAGUCAUCAUCCUAUUUGCUCUUCGCCGUAUCCUUGAUGCUGUGUGGAAGUGUGCCAAAGGCUGCAAAUUUCUCCGCGACAACAAGCUUCGUCUCACUCAAGCGCUGUCUCCCGAGGACAGACUUGCAAGAGAGAAACUCUGGCCCCUGGUGGACAAAGCCAGGAAAGAAGGGAAGAGAGCCACCCUCAUCGGUCCCUUCGCGCUAAUCGAUGGGAAGAAGAUUAACCACUGGGAUGUGAAGUAA